UGGCCUCCCAAGGUGCUGUGAUUACAGUUGUGAGCCACCGUGCCCGGCCUGUUUAUUCUCUUAAGAGAGAAAAUGAGGGGAUUAAUGGACUGUAGUUCUGGACAAGGUGGAAAACUCUUAAAGUGGAAGUACUGGGGCAAGUGCUCUGACAGGCUAGGAUGGUGCAGUCAGUCCCUUCACCCAGAAAUCAGUAGAAUGUUAGCAGUUCAAACUCAAACCUUGUGAAAAACAAGUGGUGAAAAGGAAGUCCCUUGCAGCAACUGGCGCCAUAAUCAAGACAGAACGUUUUCAGAAUAAAUGGAGUUACCUGCUUUCAACCCCAGGUGGUAGCUAUUGUCUUCCCUGACAAUAGGUGAUAUUAAUUUGUGAUCUUGUUGACUUAAAAUGGGGUCACUCAUCUCCAGUAGAAUUAAGUCCACAGUGAAGUUGUCCCCCCAUCCCCAAAGAGAUAAACAUAUAUGAACAUACUCACGUGAUAACAACUACUGCUGCCUGGGAUCAUGAGAGACCUGAAAUGAACCGAUAGGAAGUGAAAGGUGGCUGAGAUAAUGAGAAUAGACCCAUCUGCAGAGGAUCAUAAAACCAGCAAAGACGAGAUCUUGUCUAAGAUGCCUUCAGAAGCUUUGUCCAUGAGAACUCUAAGGACUUCUCCAGACCUGUUGGCUGCUGCUGUGAUCUCUGCCCAAAAGGAGCCUCUGACCAGCAUCCAAAGGGCUUCUGGACCCACUGGACUCUUCUGGAGGGCCAGCCACGAGUUUAACCAGCCACGGGGGUCUGUAUGUCCCUCUGAGUCCGAGAUCUAUGAGACAGGAGCUGGCGACGGGAUGGCAGGAGCUGGGGACAGGAUGGCAGGAGCUGGGGACAGGAUGGCAGGGGUGCCCAUGGCUGCUGCUGUGCAACCUGCUGCGGUGACUGUUGAAGUUGGUGAGGACCUCCACAUGCACCACAUCCAUGACCGGGAGAUGCCUGAAGCUUUGGAGUUUAACCCUUCUGCCAAUCCAGAGGCAAGCACAGUAUUCCAGAGGAACUGUCAAACAGAUGUUGUAGAAAUAAGAAGAAGCAACUGUACAAACCAUGUAUCUACUGUGCAUUUCAGUCAACAGUACAGCUCAUGUUCGACAAUACUCCUUGAUGACAGCACAGCCGGCCAGCCUUAUCUUACAAUGACAAUAAUAUCAGUGACCUUGGAGAUAUAUCAUGAUAUCACGCAAAGGUGGAUCCGUGCCAAAUAUGAACAGAAGCUCUUCCUGGCCCCACUACCCUACACGGAGCUGUCCCUGGGCCAGCACCUGCUGCAGGCCACCAAUGAGGACCUGCGGACAGCCAUCCUGCUGCUGGCACAUGGCUCCCGGGAGGAGGUGAAUGAGACCUGUGAGGAGGGAGACAGCUGCAAGGCGCUCCAUCUAGCCUGCCGCAAGGGGAAUGUGGUCCUGGCACAGCUCCUGAUCUGGUUCGGGGUGGAUGUCAUGACCUGAGAUUCCCACGGGAACACAGCACUGGCCUACGCCCGGCAGGCCUCCAGCCAGGAGUGCAUCAACAUACUGCUGACAGACGUCACGAAUGCGAGAGUUUUUGUGGCCAGUCCAUCCUUGCUGGUGUGCUUCUCCCACUUUUGUUGCUGUGGAAUUUGGAGCUUCACGGUUUCGGUGGCUGUGCCACGCCUGCCCCCGCAUAACGAGGGGACUCCCGGAGACUUGGUGGCCAUGUCACAGAGGAACAGGGGCCCGGCAGCGCGCAGCAUCCACCCACCUUGUGGAGUAUCAGUUCAGCGGCUCCUGGGGGAGCCAGAGGACAUAUCAAAUGGGACGGGGGCUGGUGAAAAGUCGGGGGCCUGGAGCUCGGGGGGCGUCCAGAUGGGACCCUGUCCUUCCUUUGUAACAGCCCAGAGUCCAGGUCUUUUGCCAGGCAUUGGGGGCCGGCACUCGCAGGAGGUUCAUGCCGUGGAGGAAGUGGUGAAGGAGGUGGUGGGACAUGCCAAGGAGACUGGAGAGAAAGACUUGGCCUCACAGUUGGUGAACAGCCCAGGAAUAGCCAAUGUCUUAGCUUUGGAACGUUUGCCACUUUCCAGCUACAGCUGGAUCUUAUAUCCUGGUUUGCUUCCUGAUGACUUUCAAAUUCUCCUGAUCCAAACGCAAGCGCAGAAGCACGAGCACAUUGUUGGUGGCAGUACAGACUGA